GUUCAAUGGUUUCUGCAUUUUUCUUUCUCCAUCAUUCUCCAUAGCCUUUUCUCAUCACAUUUUGGCUUCUGGGUCAUCAUGAAUAAGCCAAUAUUUCAUGAUAUCAUCACAAUAGUUUUAUUAUGCUAUUUGAGCACUUUUGAGUCCCAUCCAUCAAUUUACUUGAAUAGUUUUCUUUUCUUUUUGUUCAUUAUAAAUAAUCUAAUGGCAAAUUCAAUGAUUUGUAUUGGUUUCAUAAAGUGAUGAUUCAUGGUUUGAAACUUUGCAAAAACCAUAGCUUUUGUUGUGACUUUAGUCAUUUUGUUAAUGUCAUAAUUCUAAGUUCCUAUGUUGAUAACUAAUAAUGUAAAUCAAAUACAGAGCUUUGGGGACAAUAUGUUUUGGUCCAUCCAUAUUAUAUAAUUUAUUAAUGGACCACUUUCAAUCCUAUACUAGUGGUUGUGGUUUGUCCAUUGAUACACCUAAUAAAUCCCUCUGAAAAAUCAACCUCAUAUAUUAUCCACCACUAUAAAUGAAAUUUUCUAUAUAAGCUUGGCUUAGUUCAGCUCAUUGCAUAGUCUUUUGCUCACACUUUUAUUUGUCUCUGAAGGGUUUUUUUUUUCUCUCUUGUGAAAAAUGGAAUUUGAUGACCGCUAUCUCCAAGUUCAAAGGCCAAAAUUUGAUUGUCUUCUGUUCGAUCUAGAUGACACCCUUUACCCCCUAAGUGCUGGUCUUGCCAAUGAAUGUCGCAAAAAUAUUGAAGAUUACAUGGUUGAGAAGCUUGGCAUAGAUAGGAGCAAAAUUGGUCAAUUGGGUAACCUUCUUUACAAGAAUUAUGGCACCACAAUGGCUGGUUUAAGGGCUAUUGGCUAUGACUUUGACUAUGAUGAAUAUCACAGUUUUGUUCAUGGAAGAUUACCCUAUGACAACCUUAAAUCUGACCCCAUUUUAAGGAACCAUUUGCUUAGCUUGCCUUACCGCAAAAUUAUUUUUACAAACGCAGACAAGGUCCAUGCAGCCAAAGCACUAAAGAAGCUUGGAUUAGAUGGCUGUUUUGAAGGAAUUAUAUGCUUUGAGACCUUGAAUCCAACUCAUAAGAACACAGUUUCUGAUGAUGAAGAUGAUAUUGAGUUUGCCAGAUCAGACAAAACUAAUUAUAUUACUACUAAUGAUGAUGUUAAUCACACCACAACUAGUACAAGCUCUGUUAUAUUUGACAUAAUUAAACAUUUUGAUCAACCAAACCCUACCACUUCUGGUCUACCAAAGUCACCAAUCGUAUGCAAACCCUCUGAGUCUGCCAUAGAAAAGGCUCUCAAGAUUGCCAAUCUCGAUCCCCAAAGAACAUUGUUUUUUGAAGAUAGUGUUCGAAACAUCCAAGCUGGGAAAAGAGUUGGCCUCCACACAGUUCUGAUUGGGACUUCACAAAGAGUUAAAGGAGCAGAUUAUGCAUUGGAGAGUAUCCAUAACAUAAGAGAAGCAUUGCCAGAGCUUUGGGAGGUUGACAUGAAAUCAGCUGAAGUGGUUUAUCCAGGAAAAGUCACUGUGGAGACCUCUGUCACAGCUUAAUUAAUUAAGAUAUAUAUAUUACUAUGUAUUAUUAUUAGUAUCUAUAAUAAUAACAAUAAUCAUGAUGUUGCUGAUAAUCAUGAUGUUGAUGCUUUUGUUGUUAUUAUAUUAGUGUAUAAUAAAAAUAAACCCCCCCACCCCAAAAAAAAAAAAAUUAUAAAAAAAAUGAUCUUCUCCUUGUUA